CAGCUCCGGUUGUCGCGCGCAUCGUCUCAUCCGUUUUCUGGCUCCGGGGGGACUAAAAAUGCCGCUGGUGGCGCGGGUACCUGUCCUGGUUUCACACCGGUCCGGUUCGUCCCGGUAGACUCAUCCUACCCGGUGCUGCGGUGUCCAAAGGGGGCCACCAGAGUGAUUUUCUAUUUCCAAAGCGGAUCCUCCACCAACAGCCUGACAGAUGGAUAACUACUCCACUUUACAACUGCAGUGUCUGGAAAUGACCACUAAGCGGAAGCUGAUUGGCCGGCUGGUGCCGUGCCGUUGUUUCCGUGGUGAAGAGGAGGUGAUCUCAGUGUUGGACUACUCCCACUGCAGCCUUCAGCAGGUCCCGAAGGAGAUCUUCAGCUUUGAGAGAACUCUGGAGGAGCUUUACCUAGACGCCAACCAGAUUGAGGAAUUACCCAAGCAACUUUUCAACUGCCAGGCCUUGAAGAAGCUGAGCAUGCCAGAUAACGACCUGUCCAACCUGCCUACCACCAUCGCCAGCCUGGUUAACCUCAAAGAGCUAGACAUCAGCAAAAAUGGAAUCCAGGAGUUUCCAGACAAUAUAAAAUGCUGUAAAGGCCUGUCUGUGGUGGAAGCCAGUGUCAACCCCAUCACCAAACUCCCAGAGGGUUUCACACAGCUCCUGAAUCUGACCCAGCUCUUCUUAAAUGAUGCCUUCCUUGAGUAUCUGCCGGCUAACUUUGGCAGACUCUCCAAACUACGGAUCCUGGAGCUUAGAGAGAACCACCUGAAAACCAUGCCAAAGUCCAUCCACAGACUGACACAGCUGGAGAGGCUCGAUCUGGGUAGCAAUGAAUUCUCUGAACUGCCUGAGGUGUUGGAACAAAUCCAUAACCUGAAGGAGUUAUGGCUGGAUAACAACUCUCUACAAUCUAUACCAGGGUCAAUAGGAAAGCUUCGUCAGUUGCGAUACUUAGACUUGGCCAAGAAUCGUAUUGAGACGUUGGACACGGACAUUUCAGGCUGUGAGGCUUUAGAAGACUUGCUGCUAUCAUCCAACAUGCUGCAGCACCUCCCUGAUUCUAUAGGAAUGUUGAAGAAGCUGACAACCCUGAAGGUAGAUGACAACCAGCUGACCUCACUGCCUAACACCAUUGGGAGUGCGAAGCCGAAGCAAGGUCUGUCUCUGUUGGAGGAGUUGGACUGUAGUUGUAAUGAGUUGGAGUCGUUGCCUCCCACCAUUGGCUACUUGCACAGUCUGAGGACCUUCGCUGCUGAUGAAAACUUCCUCACAGAGCUGCCCCGGGAGAUUGGAAACUGUAAGAAUGUGACAGUAAUGUCACUACGUUCCAACAAACUAGAGUUUCUACCUGAUGAGAUUGGACAGAUGACCAAACUACGAGUCCUUAACCUCAGUGACAACAGGUUGAAGAAUCUCCCAUUUACCUUCACUAAGCUGAAAGACCUGGCAGCUUUGUGGCUCUCUGACAAUCAGUCCAAGGCUCUGAUCCCACUGCAGACAGAAGCCCACCCUGAGACCAAACAGAAGGUUUUGACCAACUACAUGUUUCCUCAGCAACCACGACACGAUGAGGAUUACCAGUCGGAUAGUGACAGCUUUAAUCCUACUCUGUGGGAGGAGCAGAGACAGCAGAGGAUGACUGUGGCCUUUGACUUUGAGGACAAGAAAGAAGACGAAGACAGCUCUGGGAAGGUCAAGGUGGAGAUAAAUUUAAAGCGCUACCCAACGCCCUAUCCUGAGGACCUUAAGAACAUGGUUAAAUCUGUGCAAAGUCUUGUAGGGAAAAGCGUACAUGCUGGACACAUGCACCAGCACCAGUUGAGCACCGGCACCGCCACCUCAGCGGGAACCAACAUGGAGCAUACACACCUCAGCAAAGAUGCGUAUGAGCCACCUUGGCCACUCCCUCCCAAAGAGGUGACAGACAGAGAAAUGCAGGAAUUCUCUCAGGCUCAGUUAAUGGAUCAGGGAUCAAUGCAUAACUCUGGUAUCGACAUUCCCAAGAGGAAGGACAAAGAAGACUUGACAGAGAGCUCUGAGGACUCAAUGGGCGGCUCUCCUAAUGACAUCCGUAUCUCUGACAUGCGACCCACGCUGGUGGAGCCACCAAUGUACAAACCAAAGGUGGUGCUGCUGGGAAAGGAUAAGAAAGAGUCUACCGAUGAAGAGGUGGAUAAACUGCACUGUUUGAACCACAGCGGCUCCUCUGCAACCUACUCUGACUACUCACCCUCGCAGGGCUCCUCAGGGUCUUCCAACCCACCUGCCAACGCGCACCCACACGCUCUCUCUCAUGGUCACCCGCACACUCCUGCCCUGCCAGCCCCCAACAAGGACCAAGCCCCUCAGACACACUGGACCAACAGAAUUGCCCAGUCAUUUCCCAAGCCCAUUGACUCCAAGCCCUUGCUGUCUCAAAGAGAACCCCCGUCAUCGGGAACCCUGCAACAGCGAGGGGAUCGGCGUCCCCUAAGCGAGCCAUUCGAUUGGGCUGAGGCCCCCCACUAUGACAACACAGGGUUUGAUGCUGAAGAGUCUCCUCUGGAUGGUCCGUCAUCAACUGCAAGUCAGGGAAACCCACCACUGGGCUCCAAACCUCGUAGCCAGUCAACCCAUGGCCGCCGCCCUCUCCUGAGGCAAGAGCGAAUUGUAGGAGUCCCUCUGGAGCUGGACACACAGACACUUCCCUAUCAUGGCAACCAACGAUCCACCCCUGACAAUGACCCACAAUCCUCCGGACACCCUCCCCAAAACCCAUGGCAGAACUGGACAAGGACUCCCAGCCCACUGGAAGACAGGACGGCUUUUCCCUCUAAGCUCGACCUGACGCCCUCCUCCAGUCCAAAUCCUGACCGCAAAGACCUGGACCCAAGGUUGGAGGAAGGCACAGGGCCUUUGCCUGGCAGCUGGACGUAUCACAACAACAAGGGAGAGCCAAACAGGAAGGAUCAGCUCACUGUCAGUGGAGGAAACAAGGUGACCGUGGUGAUGAGUAAAAGCUCAGACCGCCUGUCCCCCAUGAUGAAAGAGACAAGAUCAAAGUUCAAGAAGUCACAGAGCAUAGAUGAGAUUGAUAUUGGCUCCUACAAAGUCUACAGUAUUCCCAUGGACAGCUAUAGUUCAUCCAUUGAGCAGCAGACUAGUUUGGACCGUCAAGAGCUUCCUGGUUCUAUGGAGCAGACCAACAUGUCGCGGUCGCAGUCUGCCCCAAUGUUGGACGAUGAGUUGGGCUUCCCAGGACAUGGAGUUGGUAACCAGAACCACCAGAAACCUGCCAUCCCACAAAAGGCCUACCACUUUGACCAGAACUACAACCCCCAGGUAACCAUCGAUCGCAGAGUACCUCCCCCGUUCCCCAACACACCAGAUUAUGUCAACCAUUCAUCGAAGGUUUUGGAGUAUAUAAAUCAACCAGGGAAGACAUUACCCAAGGAGCUUGUGAGCCCACGGUAUCGUGCGUAUCCACCACUGGAGAUGUUUUCUUUCCCACAAUCACCAAUUGGUCAGGAUGGCCCACCCAACCAGCAACAGCAGCAGCCAAUCCCAACACAGCGCUCCAGGCCAGGAUUUCUUAGGAGAGCUGAUUCAUUGGUGAGCUCCACCGAGCUUGCUUUGUUUCGCCGAGUCCAUGAAGCCCAGCAGGAGGCUCUGCAGGAAGCUCAAUACAGACAACAGGCAGACCCCCCUCAUUACGCUCGGGCUCUUGCCUACUCAUCCCCAAUGGAUCAAACAGGCGGCGCCAACAUGGCUGACAGCCAGAGUCAGAUGAUGCACAACAAGAGAAAUGGCCGCUACGAUGACGACUAUCCCACUUACCAGGAGCAAAAAAAGCCCAUGAUUGGUUAUCCUACGAAGAGCCUGACUCAACGUCGCCCUUUGUCUGCCAGGAGCUAUAGCACUGAGACCUACGGAGCAUCUCAGGCCCGCCCAGUGUCUGCUCGUCCUACAAUGGCUGCUCUGCUGGAAAAAAUGCCUCCGGACUACGCCCUUGCAACCUGCCCUGAGAAAGCACCUGAUGACACCAUUAAAGUAAGACCAGUCGUCCCACAGAAACCUGAAGACAUCACCUCAAAGAUGCCUGCUGAUUGGAGGCAACAGCUACUCAGGCACAUCGAGGCCAAGCGAUUGGACCGGAGUGGUGUCCUAAAGCACAACACGCUCACGCUGGGCAUGCUCUGUCAGGGCGGGGGUCACGGCCAGGGGCGCAGCAGCACUUUGAACUUUAACCUUUACAAUAACACUAAGCAUGAGCCCCCUGCUGGCCGCUGGCUGCCACUACCUCCUCCUCCGUCUGCUAACACUACCCCAUCCCAGCAGGCUGCCAUGCUGGACAACGACCAGGAGGGAUUAUCAGGGAGCAACCAAUGGGCUCCGUACUCUCUUGGCAGGAGGGAUGUUCCACCUGACAACCUCAUGAAAAAGAGUGCACAUUCACACAAUCCUUCCCACCAAUCACACAACACCAUGAUCGUCACCUCCUCUUCCUCCUCCUCGGCCACUACGCCUCAUCGUGUGGUUGUGCAGCAGGGCUACGACGGGAUGGUGAACAAGGGGGGUCAAUACCAACCAGGGAUGCCCCUGUCUGUAGUACCCGCUGUAGGCCAGUACCAAGGCAACAUGUCUCAAGGCCAUCCUAACCCUGGCCAGGCUUACCCAAGUUCUGGUCUGCCCAUGGCCCUGUCCCCAUCUGGAAACCAGCCCCAGUAUCAUGGCAACCCCCAUACUUCCCACUCCUCCCAUCAGCCCGCCCUGCCUGCCACAAACCCACAGUAUCAUGGCAACCAGGGCAUGGUCCACAGUAACCAGGUUGUGAUGACCACCCACACCAACCCAAGGCCUCAGAGCGCCCGCUGCCUCCUUCAGACUAAAGGCCAGAAGAGCACGGAUGGUUUCCAGGAGCAGUUGUGUGUGAGAAUAGAGAAGAACCCUGGUCUUGGUUUCAGUAUAUCUGGCGGCAUCAGCGGCCAGGGGAACCCCUUCAAACCCUCCGACAUGGGUAUCUUUGUUACUAGGGUACAGCAUGAUGGGCCCGCAGCCUCUGCCCUGCAGCCCGGAGACAAGAUACUGAAGGCUAAUGGACAUAGUUUUUUACACAUGGAGCAUGAGACAGCCGUCUCUCUGCUGAAGAGUUUCCAGCGGACUGUGGACUUGGUGGUUCUGCGAGACAGCAGCACGCGCUAA